AGAGUGCACAACACCGAGCUACUGACAGGAGGCACGGAGCACAGGUUCUCACAAGUAGAAAUCAGGCACCGGCUAAUCAGAUUACAAGACGGGCAACUGUAGCAAUCUGACAGAUUUUGUUCGCAGCAUCUUUUAAGCGGAAGAAACCAGCAUCAAGGGACUCACGGAGUGCAGCUCAUUAAUCAUUCCGUGAGCAUCAGGAGGUGCUGUGGAAUCCAUUGAGAACAGCAAUCCUUUUAUUUUAAUCUUUUAAGGCCUUGUCUCCAAAACUAUGGCAGAAGAGAAAAUCAGUCGCCGUCAGACAAGGAGUCAGCACAAGUAUUUUACAAUGGAUGUAGCUGAUGAAGAAAAUCUGAGUUCAAGCAGCACUGACGUUAAAGAAAACCGUAACAUUGACGGAGUAUCGACCAAGGAUAGCACUGGCCAAGCUACCGGGGCUCAUAUUUCCAAUGGGGGAGAGGGAAGCCAUGGCAAGAAACGGCCACUGGAAGAAGGAAAUAAUGGUUAUUCCAAGUUCCGCGCUAAGAAGAGGAAGAAAAUGCCAGGGCCAGUUUUGCCAAAGAAUGCUCUCAUGCAGCUGAAUGAAAUAAAGCCAGGUUUGCAGUACAAGCUUCUUUCUCAAAGUGGGCCAGUUCAUGCACCAGUCUUUAUUAUAUCUGUUGAAGUUAAUGGACAAAUGUUUGAGGGAUCAGGGCCUACCAAGAAGAAGGCCAAGCUUAAUGCGGCUGAAAAGGCCUUAAGAUCAUUUGUACAGUUUCCAAAUGCUUCAGAAGCUCACCUAGCAAUGGGAAGAACACUAUCUGUCAACACUGAUUUUACAUCUGACCAAGCUGAUUUUCCAGAUACACUAUUCAAUGGAUUUGAGAAUCCAGGACAGACUGAAAAUGUAUUUUUCCUGGGCUCUAAUGGUAAUGAGCCUUUUAAUAACACAAGUGAUUACAGCUUGUCGCUUACUGGAUCUAGUAGUCUCAUCCAAUCUCCACUUCCUAACCCAUCUCUCAUUCCCCCGGCUAGUGGAAAAAAUCCUGUAAUGAUUUUGAAUGAGUUACGACCUGGACUGAAAUAUGACUUUGUCUCUGAAAGUGGUGAAAGUCAUGCUAAGAAUUUUGUGAUGUCCGUUAUUGUUGACAAUCAAACAUUUGAAGGUUCUGGCAGAAACAAGAAGCUUGCAAAGGCUAGGGCUGCUCAGUCAGCAUUGGCAUCACUCUUUAAUAUGCAUUUGGAUCAGACUCCCUCCCGACAGCCUAUUCCUAGUGAGGGCCUGCAAUUGCAUUUACCACAAGUUCUUGCUGAUGCUGUUGCACGUUUGGUUGUAGAUCAAUUUAGUGACUUGACUGAUAAUUUCACAUCACCGCAUGCACGGCGAAAAGUUCUUGCAGGAAUUGUCAUGACAACCAGUCCUAAUGUGAAAGAUGCACAGGUCAUCUGCGUUUCAACCGGCACAAAAUGUAUUAAUGGAGAGUACAUGAGUGAUCGUGGUCUUGCUCUAAAUGACUGUCAUGCAGAAAUUGUUGCUCGCAGAUCAUUGCUUAGAUUCCUUUACACACAACUUGAGCUCUUUUUAAGCACUAAAGAAGACCAACAGAAGUCGAUAUUUGUGAAGUCUGAACAGGGUGGAUUUAAAUUAAAAGAUGGUGUUCAAUUUCACUUGUACAUCAGCACAUCACCGUGUGGAGACGCUCGCAUUUUUUCACCACAUGAAGCUGGACACGAAGAUUCAGGGGAUCGCCACCCAAAUCGUAAGGCAAGAGGACAGCUUCGCACAAAGAUUGAGUCUGGGGAAGGGACUAUCCCAGUAAGGUCUAGUAGCACAAUCCAGACAUGGGAUGGUGUGUUGCAAGGGGAGAGGUUGCUUACUAUGUCUUGCAGUGACAAGCUUGCAAGGUGGAAUGUUGUUGGCAUACAGGGCUCCCUGUUUAGCCUAUUUGUUGAGCCAAUUUACUUCUCAAGUAUCAUCUUGGGUAGUUUGUAUCAUGGUGACCAUCUCUCAAGAGCAGUCUACCAGCGAAUAGCAGACAUUGAAGAUCUUCCCCCUCUCUACAUUCUCAACAAACCUCUACUUAGUGGCAUUAGCAAUGCUGAAGCCCGCCAGCCUGGUAAGGCUCCAAGUUUCAGUGUCAAUUGGACAGUGGGAGACUUGGGCCUUGAAGUGAUUAAUGCUACUACAGGCAAGGAUGAGAUGGGUCGUGCAUCGCGCCUUUGCAAGCAUGCUCUGUUCAGCAGAUGGAUUCGGGUACAUGCCAAGCUGUCUUCUAGCCUAAGAUGUAAAAUUGGAAAACCCAACCUGUAUUAUGAUAUCAAGCAGUCAGCAGUGGAAUACCAGUCUGCAAAAGAAUGCGUCUUUAAAGCUUUCCAUAAGGCCGGCCUGGGAGCUUGGGUGAAAAAGCCCAUAGAACAGGAUCAGUUUUCUUUCUCUCUUUGAGUCAUAAAAAGUACAUAUUAAGGUUUCUGCCCUUUCAACUGGUAGGGGGGAUAUGGACACUGGGAGAAAAAGUUAUGUUUUCUUGAUAUCUCUGGCGUGCCAAACAUCCUCCACUGCCUUUGCUGUCCAUCCCUUCCCAGUCUAUAAUUAUUUUUGGACAGUGUUGAGAUAAUGCAGCAUUGUUUUAAAAUAUCUGGAAAACAUUUUAAAUUGUAUUUAUUUCUUAGUGACCAAAGGCAGUAUCAUUUUGUACCUGCCUGCCUGCAUCUGUAUUCUCAGUAAAAUCUGUGGCUGGAUCUCUGCUGUAAAUUGUAGAUACACUUUAGAGCACUAUGGUGGUGCUUAAUUGGCAGCUGAACUGAGAUUGAUUGAGAUGUAAUCCUGUAUUGCUGUUUGUUUUGUUUUUUUAUAUCCGUAUAUAGUAUUAGACAUUUAAAUAAAAUGUUACUAAACGUUAAACACUGUACAUCUUAAGUGGAAGUAUUUGUUUACCUACCAAUUUUUACUCUGUACUUUGUAAAAACUAGUCUUCUGUGCACAUUACCUUAGCCAGCAAAAUGUCUAUUGGAUAAAUGACUGUCAUGUUUUAGCCUGCCAUGCAAAAGUUAUGCUUAUUCAGAGGGGCUGACAAUCUCUCUCCUCUUCAGUGAAAGGGUUAUAAACCAGCUGCUAAGCAUUUGUGUCCUUUAUGUCUAUUUAUUAAUGUUUGGCUUCAUUUUUAAAAAUGCAGCUUUUUAUUCCAUAUUUAACUCUAAUUUUACUUACAUUGUGAAUUUAUAUUUUUACCACUGUAAACUGGAAUAAAAAUGCAUUUGUAUUUCCUUGAUCUCUAUAUUAUGGUUAGUUAGAAGUAGCUAGUUUGCUGAAUUUGUACAUAUAGGCCAUAGAUAUUCAGUCUUGAUUUUAUUUUAGAUGUAUGGGAAAAAGACAAAAACUGGCUUAAUGUUGGAAAAAAAAAAUGCAAACGAAUGUUCUAGGUUUUUAUGUUUUGUUAGUUUUUUUUAGAUGAAAGGAAUGUGGGUUGCUUUCUGAGAUGAUCUUUUAACCAGUGUCUUGUGUUUAUUAAACUGUAUAGAAUGUAGAAAUAUACAGUGUUCAGUUCAGAAUGCAGAAUAAUGUGCAUGUAUCAAUCACUAAAAGAGGUAUAUUUUUUAAUCUCCAGUAAAUGUUCAUGAUGGAAUUUUAAUACAUAUGUCCCAUAUCCCUUUUUAGAUUAGUAUUCAAUUAAGGAUCCUGAUUUUAUUUAUUUCACAUUUUUAUUUUACUGUACAUCAAAAAGUAUUUUCCAAGAUAAGUGUAUUUACCGACCCAUAAUUCUCUUAUAUGCUGCUGUAAUUUUAUGCAAUCGAGUUCAUCAAACUGUACAUGUAGAACAAACACUCAAUAUGUGCUCAUCUGUCAGUUGCUGCACUUUGUCUAUGAAAAACAAAAUAAUAAAACCUUUGCGGAUUGUAUGCAAACAA